CGGAGAUAAUAUAUGUACAUAACUUGACAUAAUUCUUUUUAUUUAGUUUGGCCAGGUAGCCUAUCUUAAGGCAGUCGCUAGAAUCAAGACAGGGUCGCAUUUCCCCUUCGAAGCGCACUGGCCGGGAACAGCGCUUGAAACAUUAGGCGACAGGAUCGACACUCGGUUCCUACGGUAGUCAUGCUAUUAUGAAGGGUUCCAACUCGGGGCUCAGCCCCUCGGACAGCUUGCCUGUGCGACCUUCGGCAGUGCCCAUAUAUAUUUGGGACGACGCAUCGUUUAGCUCAACCGCAGAAGUUCGGGUGUCUUUGACGUGCGAAAAGAAGGGUGACGAGAAGUCAAACUUGCAAGAGACGGAUGCGAAUCCCAGGUGCCGGUUGCUGGGCGUCAUUGCAGCGGUACUCACGUGCGCGGUGAUAGCAGCAGCUGUCGCGACGCCGCUUUGCCUCUUAACCCGUGGCAAGGCCUCCCCGGUAAUUCAAGUGCAGGAGGCGGGCAACAUCACACAUGCUGGCACUGGGAUCCUAAACCUAACAGCAACGAUUACGGCGUCAUCAAACCAGACUCUGCAAACUGCUGCUACCGAGUUAGCAUGGGCAUGCGUAGGGCCCGGGUCUCCUAUCUUGCGAGUCGCUGUGCAGAACGCGUUGCAGUCGGCCUUACGGAGUCUUGGGGCGAGCGAGGCUGUCGUGGAAGUGGAGGCACCCAUUUGCAACAGUACCUUACCGGCUACAGCCGUCGUCCCCUUGACGGUUACGGCGGCAAACAACGAUCUGGCAGUUGCCAUUUCGGCGGCGCUUACGACGACAGAUGUAGGACAGCUGCUGGCUGCAGUGCUUGCUAGCAAGGUUGGCAUGGCGACAACCGACGUACAGCUGUCCAUUAGGGAUGAAGCAUUGGCGAGUGGUGAAGAGACAGAUGCAACCAGCGGCAGCGCUGAAGCGACAUCUCUUGGGAUAUCAGCCCAAGCGACAUCCACGUAAUGAGAUUUGGUACCUAGGGUGAAGGGUCCGUGGAUAGUUUAACCUAGAGGCGAUGGCGUGCGUUGAAUGAAGGGCUGCCGAAGCUGACAUUUGUGGAUUCGAAUCCUGCAUGUGCAUGUCCGUUACAAUGAAUUUGCCUGCGUAUAGGGAUGCUUUCAUUACUGUUGGUCAUGCGCCGUGCAAUUUAAGUUAAUGCCAAGGUUACUGCUGCUGUGAUUG